AUGAAAGGAGAGCGUAUGUUGAUGAGCAGUCGUGUUAGAGGUGGUGGUGCAUUCUGCGGAGCAAUUCAACGUCGGCCCGAGCGCCGAUCACUGUGGCAAACUCCAGAUUCACGAAUGAAACGGGCACCACUUUUGAUCGCCUCUGUAGAUGAGAUUCAGAAGAUGAUCUCCGAUGUGGAUGAUGAUGGCUCAGGGACCAUCGGAUAUGAGGAGUUCUUGAAGAUGAUGACCCACAAGAUCCUGAACCGCGACCCAAAGGACGAGAUUUUGAAGGCCUUCCGCCUCUUCGACGACGAUGAAACGGGUAAGAUCUCCUUCAAGAAUCUGAAGCGCGUGGCCAAGGAGCUGGGCGAGCGCAUGACCGACGAGGAGCGCCACACGCGGGGUGACGUGACAAGAGGCCGACGAAGCGUCGCGUCGGGUUUGCCCGCGCGGCACGGCCCGGACUCUUUGUUUGGCACUGAAGAAGGGGGGGCGCAGCGACUGGUGCGAGCGGCGACCUUGCUGGAGCAUGGCGCCUCCAUGAACCUACCCAGCACACGCGGACGGACGCCACUCAUGGUAGCGGUGGAGGCCCAGCAGCCGGAGCUGGUGAAGCUGCUGGUGCUCAGUGGCGCUGACCUCGAGAAGUCCUUGCCGGGUCAUUGGACGCCUUUGCAUCUGGCUUGCCUCAUUCCUGAGAGCAAACACGUCAUCCAGCUGCUGCUGCAGCACCAUGCGCAGCUUUCCAGCACCGAGGAGGGAUGGACGCCCCUUCACUUGGCCGUGCAGAGUGGGGAUGAGUCCAACGUGGCGGCGGUGCUGGCGGCGAAGUCGGGCAUGGAGCCAUCCUCCAAGGUGCUCAGCCCCUUGCACGUGGCCGCCGAGGCGGGGGACAACCGAGUAGUCCAGCUACUCCUGCGGAGCGGUGCCCCCCCGGAGGCAGUGACCAGCCACGAGAUCACGGCACUCCACCUGGCGGCCGGUGCUGGAGGAUCUCCGGAGCCUCCCCGCGCUGCUGCUGUGGCGCAGGUCUUACUGAGCCACGGAGCCGCCGUAGAUCCAGUCAUGGAGGGUGGCGCCACGCCGCUGAUGGUGGCCUCACGCUUGGGCCGGACGGCCGUGGUCCAGUGCUUGCUUCGGCACGGGGCGGACGCGCAGAAGAAGCUGCCGAGUCCAAACCCCAGUUCGGGCGGGCUGCCCUUAGCUCUUUCGCGCUCCCUUCGCGCCCGCCCUGUUGCUCGCCCUCCUGCUCGCCUCCGCCCCGCAGCCAUGGCGUUCUCAGCUUUCCGCAGCCUCGCCCCACGCAGCCUCAGCGCUGGCGUGCGCGGCCUUCCCCUGCCCCGGAGUUUCGCGGCCAUGGCGAAGCCUCAGGCCUUUGCGAUCUACCGCUAUGACCCGGACGUUCAGGCCAAGCCGUUCCUGCAGGAGUACACCAUCGACCUGAAAGCCUGUGGCCCCAUGAUCUUGGAUGCCCUCAUCAAGAUCAAGGAUGAGGUGGACACCACCCUGACCUUCCGCCGCUCCUGUCGCGAGGGCAUCUGCGGCUCCUGCGCGAUGAACAUCAACGGAAAGAACGGGUUGGCCUGCUUGUUGUACAUCGAGGAGAGCAGCAAGCCGAUUGAGAUUCAGCCCUUGCCUCACACCUAUGUGGUGAAGGAUUUGGUGCCGGACCUCACCAACUUCUACAACCAGUACAAGUCCAUCGAACCCUGGCUCAAGCGCAAGGAUGUGAAGGGCAAGAACGACAAGGAGUACUUUCAGAGCCGCGAGGAUCGAGCCAAGCUGGAUGGCAUGUACGAGUGCAUUUUGUGCGCUUGCUGUAUGACCUCCUGCCCUUCCUACUGGUGGAACCCCGAGUACUACCUGGGCCCAGCUGUGCUGAUGCAGGCCUACCGCUGGAUCGCAGACUCCCGGGAUCAGUACACUGAGGAGCGUUUGGCCUGGGUGAACGAUACCAUGAAGCUCUACCGCUGCCACGGCAUCAUGAACUGCACCAACUGCUGCCCCAAGGGUUCCUUGGUCAUGGCACAGGGUGAGCAACAAGAGCCGUCCUCUUCCUUUCCUCAGUCCAUGCGACCCAAGACCAAGACUGGUGAGACCGCGAACGUCCAGGAGCAGGUUGCAGAGACCUACACCGAUGGUUGGAAGAACAUGAUGACCCAGGAGAUUGUGAAGAACAAGGGCCGUGAGUCCGGCAUGAUGCCACUGGGGAAUGGGCACACCGAGGUGGUGCGUUUGCUGGUGAAGCCUGAGCAUGCGCAGGCGGGGAGCGAACGCCUCCUCCCCAUUGGCCGGGAGCUGAGCUCGGCGGAGCGGAAUUUUCAGCCGAACAUCCACCCCCGAAGCCAAGUCAUCGAGCAUUUGGCACCAGAGCCCUGCAUCCCGACGCUGGACGCUGGCAUGAAGCCACUCUCGGAGCUCGGAUCCGGCAGAUGCACCGCAGAGCCCGCUGGCCUCUUCGCUGAGGCCUUGGUGGGCGCUGGGUCUGCACGCUCUUCCACACGCGACAUCAUCGCGUGGCCGGGCGCCUGUGUCCUGAGCGUCUCCUUUGCCGUGACCCUGAUCUUCGUGGUGGUGUUGUGGACCGUGAUGCUGGAGGCGCAUCAAGCCAGCAAAGCCCUGGCACCGCGCGGCGCCAUGGCCGGUGGACCUGGCUUGGCCAACUACCGGUCGGGCGCGGGAACUGGCUCCCAGGCCGAAGAUCAAGGCCUUGGACGGCCCACACGGAUCCCCGGGGAGGUGCAGCGCACCCUGACGCCCCCCAGCUUUGGGGUGCGCAAGGCAUCGCGGCCCAUGGUGCCACACAUUUGCCCGUCGCUCAGUUUGUUGCAGGGUGCCUGUCAGUUCCGCAUCCCUGUACAGUCGCUGGAGCUGCUGCAAGCGGGCUACUUCCCUACACAGAUCUUGAGCCCCACUGGAAAUCCGCUGCUGCACGCUUGGCUGCCACUCUGUCAGAAAACACCCCAGACAGGGCCACCUGCACAGGCGCAGCUGGGGCAUUUACUUCAGCUGACCACCACCGCGGCCUUGUCCCGGCACCCGCAUGCCAGCAUUGGCCUCUUGACGGUGGGCGCCAAGGAGCAGAAGGCCGAGAUCUUUGGACCCAAGAAUCUCAAGUAUGGCUCCCUGGUGCGGUCGAACGACAAGUGGUUGGUCUACCAUCACCAUGAGGGGUCGGAACAGCUUGCCCUCACCUUGCAUCACAUGCCUGCUGCGUUGGGCUUCUGUGCCCGUGCAGCGGAGGGACAUGAGGUGGCGAGUGCCACGCGCAUCGCUGGGGGUUCCGGUGAAGUGCUCAGCAUCACCAUCAACCCAGGAGGUGACGCGCCCUUCUCGCCCUGCUUUGCUUCCUCGCCGUGGCCCGGACACCUGGGGACGGUGAGAGUGAGCUGCAGCGGAGCGGGACCUCCUUCAACCGCUUGGGACGCCCAGGUGCUCAGCAUGUUGGAGACCGUGGUGGUCCCCAACGAAGCUCCUCCCGUCCCACCUCCCGCGGCGCUGCCGCCGGGCUACGCCGAUGCCACCGUGGCCACGCGCUCGGCGCCGGCCACGGCGCCUGCCACGGCGCCCGCCACGGCGGCCACGUCGCCCGCGUCGGCGCCGGGAACGGCACCGGCAGUGCCCCGCGAGGCGGGCAGUGACCAGUCGUUGCCGUCGCUGCCGAGCCGCCCGGGCAGCGGCCUGCUGCCGCAGCGCGUGCCGGUGGUGCGGUCCUUGCCGCCGGUGGACGCGGCACGGGGUGGCGUGAACUUUGCGCCGCGACCGUCCUUUCCAGGUCGCUUGGACCACGCGCAGUUUCUUUCGAAGCUCAAGAGGGACAGAGGCUUCUCGACGAUCGAGCUGGAGGUUCCCGAGACUCCGCCCUCCUGCGGAUCCUUCCUGCCCGGCCUCCCCGACACGCCCGUCCGAAAGACAGUCUUUCUGGUGCGGCACGGCGAAGCGCUUCACAACAUUGCGGAGAAGUUGGCUUUGAAGGAGGCUCAGGAAGCCUUGAAAGACGAAGAACCGCCGAACGAGGAGCUGAAACGGGAAGCCUUGGAGAUCGCCCGGCGCUCGGCGCUGACCGACGAGGGUUUGAAGGACGCGCCGUUGUCCACGAAAGGGCACGAACAAGCUGAAAUUACUGCAGCCAACGUGUCCAAGAUCAUCCGGGAAGAGGAGCUCAAGGCGCCCGAGGCCGUCUUCGUUUCACCCCUCCAGCGGGCUCUACAGACCGCUGCACGCAUGUUUCCAGAGCAUCAAGAAGUCCAUGUUUGCGAUCUCUUGCGUGAGAGGUGUACCGGCUUCCCCUGCGACGAGAGGAGCGAAGUCCCGUCCCUGCGGAGCCGGAAGUCCUUCCGCCAUAUGAGCUUCGACCAAGUGAUCCCAGAUGAUGACGAGAUUGUGAAUCUCGAGGACGAGGAGGUCAUGGAUGAGCCGCCGGUCUUCCGCCGCUUUCACACGUGGCCUUUGAUUGAAGAGAAGUUCAUGCUGCGCCAGCGCACCGCGGGUUUGGGGCGGCUUCUACAGACUACGGAGGCCGAAAGCGUGUGCAUCGUGACCCACAAGGGCUUUCUGCGGGAGCUGGAGCGCGGACCGCUGGGCCGAACGGAAGCCAGUGAAUUUGGCAAUUGCGAGGUCCGUGUCUACGAGGUCUGCGUGAGCGACGGUGAGAUCUUGCAGGCCGACUUGAUGCGAGCCUUGGGAGCGGGACAACGUCAGAUCUUUGGUUUGACGACUUCAGUGAAGCAAGACUUCGGUGGUGCUUGGCACAGCUCUGGGGUUCGCCAUGAGGGAUCGCCGGGCCCGGCGGGGAGGACCGCGGCGCGCGAGAUUCGGCGUGCCUACAUCGUGCAGACAGGGCGGGUUUGGUGUAGGGCCUCCGUGUGUGCACCCGAAAAAGGGUUGGUGCGGGACGCACGAGGCGAUCCAGAUGGAACUUGUAAGCAAGUGAUCCCUGCAUACAGGCCCUGCAGGGGAGCCCAACAAGGCGACUGCGGGGAGCUCAACAAGGCGUGCUUAGCGUCGACCGCCCCGGGGGUCGUCCGCUCGCGUGCGCUCGGCCGGGAGGCCGAGCAUGGGUCCAGGGUGGCGCUUGGUCUCGUUGGAAUAGCCAGCCUCCGUGGGCGCAGCCGGGCACGAGGCGGCGCAGCCAGUGCCACGAGCGCCACGCAAGUGGCACCUGCGCCGGAGGUGGUCGAUGUGCAGGAUCAGAAUGUCGUGGCUGAGCCCGUGGCUUGCCCCCUGUGCCACCGGCCCUUUACGAAGAUCACCGGCGGUGGUGCCGUGUGCGAGUCGUGCGCGGUGGGCUUUCCACGCGAGGGAUCGACCUUCUUGGACUUGACGAUUAGUUCGGCCAAGCUCCCUGAGGAGAUUUCCGAGGAAGCGGGGCCCGCCGUAGCGACUUCGACGGACCAGGAGCCUGGCUUGUUGCAGCGGCUGCCGUUCGUGAACGUGACCGACGCCCUUGCCGAGAGGUUUGGGUUGCCCCAGUCGAAGGAGGUCGAGAACUUAGGUCGAGAGCUGUUGAUGGAUGCGCAGAGUAGGCUCGGUGGACCCCUGCAGCCGCCGGGCACGUCCACCUUUCAAUCCCCGUUAGUCUCUUUCGCCUAUGAGCGUGGCUGGCGCCGAAGCUUCGCCAGCUCAGGCUUUCCCGGUCCGGAUGAGGAGUUCCGCCUGGCCCAGAACUUCUUGAAGGAAGGCGCUGGACUCCUCGGGGACACCUUGUUGGAUGCCUCUUGUGGCAGUGGGCUCUUCAGCCGACGCUUCGUGGCAUCCAAGGACUACAAGACAGUGGUGGCCCUGGACUUCAGCGAAGCCAUGCUGAAACAGGUGGAUGACUUUGCCAAGAAGGAGUUUGGCGUGGAUUACGCCGCACCACGGGACCCGAAGCAGACGGCGCUGAAGCUGGUGCGCGGCGACAUCGCGCGCUUGCCCUUCGAGUCCGACUCCCUUGGCGGAGUUCAUGCAGGUGCUGCCAUUCACUGCUGGCCCAAUCCAGAGAACGCGGUGGCCGAGGUGGCCCGCGUGCUGAGGCCCGGCGGCGUUUUCGUGCUGAGCACCUUCAUGCCGCGCGGCCCUCUGCGGGCGAUGGGAACCAACAGCAACCCCUACCGCUUUUGGACUGAAGACGACCUUCGAUCGCUCACCCGUCGUUGCGGCCUCACCGACUUUGAAGCGGUCACCCGGGACCCCGCCUUCAUCAUGGCGCGGGGGCGUCGCACGCUUCACUUGCCAAGUCUUCCACACAGCAGAGACGCAGAGACUUCUUCAGGUCAAGGUGAAGAAACCCAGCGCAUGAGACCGCCAGCCUUGGGCGCAUGAGGGCCCGCGUCCGCUCUGUACAGCUCCAGCGCGGCCCGCUGGUGAGCGAGGAAAGCUGGGCCCAGCAUGGAGCAAGCAUGGGA